AUGUCUAAUCCUUCCGCAAUCACUCCGGCUGCGACUCCCGUGACUGGCUACAUGAACAGUUUGUUUGAAGAACCAGAGGAACGGGUCGGAGACAAGCGACAAUCAACCUGCCUCAAACAAGCCCUCUUAUUGUGUGUGGGCACUGCGGCUUGUGAUGCUUUUGAUCAGAAUAACCUGAUGACAUUCAAGGUCCGAUUCAAAAUUUAUACCGAUACGGAGGUCAACAUCAACGCUCCGAAUCAGAGCACCCCCAAAGUUGGGGCUAGUAAGAAGGUACCAAAGUCUUCUAAACUCAAUCUGAUUGAUUCUAAAGCAAUCAACACUGGCUACCUCGAAACAAAAAUUUGUGUGUUUGGAAAAAGUUUGAAUGAGUUCAAGGACCUUGUGGCUGGAGCUUGUGAAAAGUACGAGGCUGGUAUGAAAAAUGUAAUUCUCAAUAGUCCUUUCUCGCCUGACCUCAAGUGGAAAGCCACCAUUGGGCGGUCCAAAAUGUACAAGUUAAAGCGAAAGAUAAGGCAAGCAUCCGCGACUAAGAAGCUGAUUGCAACAACGAACAGAGGCGGAACCGAAGUUCAAGAAACCAAGGAAUUGAAGAAAGAGAGAGAGUUAGCUACUUUUGCUAACGCGAUUUUUAGCAAACACACACUUGAAAAGUCCAAAGGUGGACCUGCCAACAUUGCAACCACGGAAAUACCUCCGAAUACUUCGGAAUUCCGGUAUGAAAUCAAUGAGAGCCGGUGGUUCCACCCUGACAUGGGUGUGGAUCACCAGGUUGAACUUUGUUUGCAAGGGAAGCCUUGA